AAUUUUUCAAAAGUUAAAAAAACGAAUCAUUUUGUGCGUUUAAUUUUAUUAAGUUUAUUAGUGAAUUAUGGUAUAUUAGUUUUUUAUUUUGAUGUGUUAAGGAAUUCGUAAGUUUAUGUCCUAAUGAUGAACUCUAAACAGCCUGAAUUGACGAUUUUCAAUGGAGCUCCGUCCAUACAUAUUGAUAAUAAUCAGCCAAGAAUCGAAGAAGAGGAAGCUAUUGAAGAUCAGAGACGCCGGCAAAAAGAGCUGCAAGCUGAAUUGGAAAAAGAAUUUGGCAAUAUGACUGAUACGGAUGAAGAUGACGAUAAUGGAACUAUAAACUCGACAAGAAAUGAUCAUAGUUUAAGUAUCCAAAACAGCUACAAUAAAGAGUUUCCACUGCGUGAUGACUUUAGUAACUUACGCAAUUUGGUGGAAACAAAAAGCCGUGAACUUGAACAUGUAAGCAAUAUGCUGGCAAAUGAGCGUAAAAUGAAUAAAGCAGCAAUCGACGAGUACGAGAAGAGAUUGUCCAUAGCUGAAGCUGAAAAAGAGCGAGCUCUUAUGAAUAGAAAUCAAACCCACGAGCUAUUAGUCGAGAACAAGGGAAAAGUAAUUGAAUUAAAUGAGAAAAAUCAGAAUUUGAUGUCAAAGAUAAAAUCGCUAGAAAAUGAGAAUGAGCGAUUAGUGGGUGAAAUAGAAAGCACAAAAAUAAUGCUGUCAGAUGUACAAACUAAAUAUGGGAUGGUCGAGAAGAAUGUUUUGUUUAAUGCCGAGCGAAGUACAGAUUUAAUUAUUAAACAAGCCCAAGAGAGACAUAAUGCGCAGAUGGCAAUGAUGCAACAACAAAUUGAAACAUUAAAGAAUAAAAAUGAUGAUAUAGAGCAUGAAUUUAAGCAUUUAGAAAUAAGAUAUAAAGAGCUACAAAGAUCAAGAGAAGCAAUUUUGAUAGAGAAAAGUGAAACAAUUAAUAUACUCAAUCGAAAUCUUGAAGAAGCACAGAGACAAUGUCAAGAUUUCUUAGCCCGUCCAGAUAUGGCACACGAGAAUCGACGAUUACAAAAUGCACUCAAGACAAUGGAGUAUCAAAAUGAAGAACUCUCAUUAACGGUUAAUAAAUUGCAAAAGAAAGUUCAGGAACAAACAUCAGAAAUUGAAAUGAUGGAUAGUGUAAUUAUUGAGUGUGAUGGAAAUAAUCAGUCAUUUACCGAAAUUUCAAAAUUCUUACAUCGAGAUCCACUUAAAAAUAUUAAUAGCACGCCAAUGACUCCAGAAGCGCGAAUGAAUAAGGUCAAGGAAGAAUUGUGUAGAUCAAUCAACUCGAUAAAAAGAAAACGUGAAGAAAUUAAAAUUUUAGAAAUGCAACUAGCUGAAAAAGAUAAGGAAAUAGAGGAAUUGAAAAAGGAUGAAAGCAAAACUUUAAUAGAACUUAAUAAAUAUCGUGAGGACGCAUUCCGUUUCGAAACAAAACUUAAUUCUGUACAAAAAGAACUUAAUGAAUUGCGAGCUUGUGACAAUACAAGUUCCAAGGAACAAGAUGAAAUGUACAAGGAACUUGAACAUAAAACACAGGAAUGCGAAGAACUUAGAAGAAUGAUAGACGAGCUUAAAAUAGCUGAAUCAGAUAUUUCCAAUAAAUUAGACAUUGAACAGAAGAAAUUAGAAGAACUGACCAAUGAACUAGUUGAAACUAGAAAUAAACAAGUCACGGUCGAUAAAUUAAACAAGUCAAUUCAAUUAGAAAACGACAAACCAGCAGAUUGCAAGAAGUGUGAAGAAUAUUCGAUGAAAAUUGGAAAUCUUGAAUUGUACCAGCUGCAAUUACAAAAUUGCAACGGAGAGUAUUUGACAGAGAUGAAUAAUUAUAAACAUGACUUGGAUGAAGCACAAGAGACUAUCGACCGACUACAAACAAAAGUAAAGCUCCAAGAUUUGAGAGACAAAGAAAUUGAAAAGCUUCAGGAAAAAGCUAAGGAAUUUGAAACUUUUAUGAGAUCAAAAUCAAAUCGAAAAGAUUCAGCUGCCUCUGCAUCCAAGGACUCAUCUACUAAUACAUCUCAAGCUAUUAGUAAUUCCACGGAGGAAUCAGAAACCAAAGAAAUUAAUCUUAGUGAGAGAAAUUACAAGGAAACUAAAAUUAGAGAUGAAAUGGCAAGGAUUUUUGCGAAUCAAAUCAAAGUAAUUGAAAAGAGGUUUGUGGAAGACAUAAAAAAGUUGCAGAACGACAUAGCAGUAUUAUCGAAUGAGCUUGAGAAUAAAGCAGCUAAUCUUGAGUUAGCCACCGAGCAACUGGAUCUUUUAAAAUUCACAAUUGUUCAUGAACGUCAGGAAUUUGAAGCAGCUUUAAAUAGACGUGAUGAGAUUUAUAAGCAAAAUAUUGAGAAAUAUCAACAGCAUGUGGCCGAACUUAACUCACAAAUCGACAUGAUUGAUGAUGAACGUAAGCUUAUUCAGAACCUCAAGCAUCAAAUUGAGGAUGAACAGAAGCUUUUAAUGAAAAAAGAGGAGGUUACACUUCAGAAAUUAAAGAAACUUCAACAAGACAGUACAAAAAUUAUUGAGGAGCUCAACGAAAAGUAUAAAGAGAUUAAAGAAAAGUAUGAGGGAGCAAAGAAAACGGCCCAGAAUUACAAGCAGUAUUCCGAUGAUAAGGAGAAGUAUUAUCGUAGUGAAUGCGAGCGUAUAAAAAAUGGGUAUGCUGAAGCUGUAGAAAAGAUUCAAUCGAGAGUUAAUGAUACGUUAAAAGAAAGGGAGCAACAGUAUAGCGAAAAGCUCAAGAGAAUUGAGCAGGAAUACGAGUUUAAAAUUGAUGUUUUAAAGGGGAUGCUUGAAAAGUCUCAAAAGUAAUGCAAAUAAAUUAAUUAAUUAAAAAUUGAUGUAUUUUUUGGGUGAGUAUGUACUUUAUUUGUGUUAAUAACUGUUAAAUAUUUUGUAUUAAUAAUUUGUUUAAGUAAAUAUACGAUCAAAUAUUUAACUUUCAUAAUUAUGUUGU